AUUUGUGAACCGUCCCUUAAGCCGGGGAUGGAUUUUGUUAGUGGGAGGAAUUCAGAUGUGAGUCAGAUGCUUAGUAUUGAGAGAGAGGUGGAAGGGAGGAACCCAGUCGCCUGCAAACAAGGAAGCUGAGCAAAGGCAGACAGGAACAUGCCCCCAUGUUGAAAGAAUUUUCCUGUAUCAGCAGCUGCCGUCACUAAGAAACAACAUCCCUAAGGAACAAUGAGGAACAAGAAGAAGAUUAGCCUUCCAGCGAAGUUAAUCAAUGGAGGUGUAGCAGGGCUUGUGGGAGUGACUUGUGUUUUCCCAAUUGAUUUGGCCAAAACACGUCUCCAGAAUCAGCAAGGACAAGCAGUCUACUCUGGAAUGCGGGAUUGUUUGGUGAAGACUAUUCGUUCGGAGGGGUUCUUUGGCAUGUAUCGAGGGGCUGCUGUAAACCUAACUCUUGUCACUCCUGAAAAAGCAAUCAAGUUGGCAGCCAAUGAUUUCUUCCGACAGCUGCUCUCCCAGGAUGGAAAAGAAUUGUCAUUGUUGAGGGAGAUGCUGGCUGGAUGUGGAGCUGGGACUUGCCAGGUGGUGGUCACAUCCCCAAUGGAAAUGUUGAAAAUCCAACUGCAGGAUGCUGGCCGGCUAGCUGCUCAUCAAAAGAAGGCCUUGGGACCGGAUGGAGCAGCUGCCGCCACUUCCCAUCUGCCACCAGGACAGCCUUACACCACUGGUUCCACCGCAGCCUCUAAACGCCCCUCUGCCACCUUGAUUGCCAGAGAUCUCCUGCACACCCAGGGCCUAGCAGGCCUGUAUAAAGGGCUGGGAGCCACCCUGCUCAGGGAUGUGCCUUUUUCCAUGAUUUAUUUCCCACUCUUUGCCAACAUCAACAAGCUGGGGCAAGACAACAGUGAAGAAAAAGCAUCUUUCUUGCAUUCGUUCAUGUCUGGCUGUGUGGCAGGAUCUGUGGCUGCCGUGGCAGUGACUCCCCUGGAUGUUCUUAAAACCCGCAUUCAAACUCUCAAGAAAGGUCUGGGAGAAGACACCUACAAUGGGAUCAUCGACUGUGCCAGGAAGAUCUGGAUUCAUGAGGGCCCUUCCGCCUUCAUGAAAGGGGCAGGGUGUCGUGCACUGGUGAUCGCGCCUCUGUUCGGAAUAGCCCAAGGGGUGUAUUUCAUUGGCAUUGGCGAAUACAUCAUGGGACUCUUGAAAUAGUGCCAAUUUCAAACGCAGUGACUCUGGCUUAAGGUUGCACAAGUUCAAUAGAACUCUUGGAGGAACAACAGGACUACUCUGUGAACAUUUGUGGGGCUAUGAACAACCAUCUAGACUUCUACAGUCCAGGAAUAUGACCCACAAGACUUCGCACUGCCACAUUCACCAUUGCUGCAUUUUCUUAACAACCAUCCAUAUCCUACAGAUGACCAUCCAGUUCUUGAUAAUCCGAACUUAAAAUGUAUAGGCCCUUACCAUUGCAAAGACAAUACUGGAAAAAGUGAACGCAAAGUCUGCUAAAAUCUCCAGGACAAGAAGGGAGCUGGAAUGGCACUGAGAUACCCACUCUUUACCAGUCCCUAUUACUUUCCACCCAUGGAGAAAUUAUAGCAGAAGAGCUACACUAAUCCAAAAACUUCAAGCAAGAUAGGAAAAGAACCCUGAUUUUUCAUGACAUAUGGAGAAUACACUACAGUUUUUGAAAUACAAUAAACAAUUCCUAUUCUUUGUAACAAUGCAUCAGAUUUACAUUGCAAGUGCUUUAGCAAAACUUAUGAAUUCUUUUGCUUGGGGCCUCUUCAUUGAGCUCCAGUUAUAAUACUCCAGUCCUCAUCCUACUUCCUGCCACCCCCUCUUACCCUUCUGUUGCAGCAUCCUGUAACGUAACAUUGGUGGGGCUGGUGUAGAAUGGUUCCUAUUUCUGCUAAUGCUAAGCAGAGCAUGUCUCUAAUAAAUUGAUAUUGGUCAACAUCCUUAGUUGAUUCUUCCCAUAAUUACCUUGAAG